AUUUAUAGCUCUUUGAAGCUGAAUUGAAACUGUAAACUGUUGGGGUCCACUAUAUGGAGAAAAAUCCUGGAAAGUUUUCCUCAAAAAACAUAAGACACAGAAACAUAUAAACAUAUUGGAUGGCAUCAGGAUAAACCUCAACACCUCGAUUGAUGAUAAACACGGAACCUGACUGUGAUCAUUCAUAUAACUGAACAGCAUCAUUUUCAUCAGCAACGAAACGAUUCCGAAUCGAGAAACAUGACGAUCAGCAGCAUGGACUCCAGCACAGCUCCAGCACAGAGCAAAGCUAAAGCUCAUAAGAGAGGCAGUUUACAGAGCUGGACCAGUCCUGAUCUGUAUGGUUCUUCAGAUCAAAGGCCGUUGAUGUCUCAGCGUUCACUGCCCGGUACACCUGUCACUCAUAAACAUCUGCCUGUGGAUCUGCGCACAUCUAUGGAUGGAAAAUACAAAGAGAUCGCUGAGGAGCUGUUAGUGAGGAGUAUGACAGACAGUGAUAUGCGCUGUGCUCCGUACGAGUUUCCUGAAGAGAGUCCAAUCGAACAGCUGGAGGAGAGACGACACCGUCUGGAGAGACAGAUCAGUCAGGACGUCAAGCUUGAGCCCGAGAUUCUGCUGAGAGCGAAACAAGACUUCAUGAAAGUAGACAGCACUGCAGACCUGGAGCUUCUGAAGGACGGUCAUGAAGAUGCUGUGGAUUAUCAUCACUUGGAAAGAGAGACGGUUAUAGAGAGAGAAUUUCAGCGUGUGUCCAUCUCAGGAGAGGAGAAGUGCGGAGUGCCGUUUACUGAUCUAGUAGACGCUGCUAAGUGUGUGGUGAAGGCUUUAUUUAUCCGUGAGAAGUACAUGAAUGUAUCACUACAGAGUUUCUGUAAGACCACCGCUCGAUCCCUUCAGGAGCUCAAUGACAGACCACCGGACGUCAACUUCAGUCAGGACGCUCACGAGAGCCCGGUUGACUCAGAUGCCCCCGUUCACCCACCGGUGUCAAAAACUCACCCCUAUGAAGGGCAGGACAUGAAGAACCUGCCGUCUGAUGUGGGUUACAGUUGUAAGAUGGUGGAUGGAGUCGUUCAUGUCUACACCAAACAAAACCCAAUGGACAAGAGCACAGAAUUAGAUCUCCCAUAUCCAGAUCUGCAGGAAUUCAUCACCGAUAUGAACGUCAUGAUGUCUUUGAUCAUCAACGGCCCUGUAAAGUCGUUCUGUUAUCGGCGGCUGCAGUACUUGAGCUCAAAGUUUCAGAUGCACGUUCUUCUGAAUGAGAUGAAGGAGCUGGCGGCGCAGAAGCAAGUGCCACAUCGAGAUUUCUACAACAUACGAAAAGUGGACACGCACAUUCACGCGUCAUCCUGCAUGAAUCAGAAACAUCUGUUGAGGUUCAUCAAGCGUGCGAUGAAGAAAUACCCCGAUGAGAUCGUGCACAUGGAGGGCGUUCGCGGUCAGACGCUGAUGGACGUGUUCGAGAACAUGAAUCUGACGGCGUACGACCUCAGCGUCGACACGCUCGACAUGCACGCGGACAGAAACACUUUCCAUCGCUUCGACAAAUUCAACUCAAAAUACAACCCCAUUGGAGAGUCCAUCCUCAGGGAGAUCUUCAUCAAAACUGACAAUCACAUCAACGGCAAAUACUUCGCCCACAUCGUCAAGGAAGUGAUGUCAGACCUCGAGGAGAGUAAAUUUCAGAACGCCGAGCUGCGUCUCUCCGUAUACGGUCGAUCUAUGGAUGAAUGGGAUAAACUUGCGGAGUGGGCCGUUUCACACUCUGUGUAUUCUGACAAUGUCCGCUGGCUCGUUCAGAUCCCACGACUCUUUGAUGUUUACCGCACAAAGAAACAACUGAUAAACUUCCAGCAGAUGUUGGAGAAUAUCUUCAUGCCUCUGUUUGAGGUGACCAUCAACCCCAAUAGUCACCCAGACCUCCACCUGUUCCUACAACACGUGGUGGGUUUUGACAGUGUCGAUGAUGAGUCUAAACCAGAGCAUCACAUCUUUAAUCUGGACAGUCCAUCACCUGACCGCUGGUGUGAAGAUGAUAAUCCACCGUAUUCAUAUUAUCUGUACUACAUGUACGCCAACAUCACCGUCCUGAACCACCUGCGCAGGAGGCGGGGCUUCCAGACCUUCAUGCUGCGACCUCACUGCGGGGAGGCGGGGCCUAUUCAUCACCUGGUGUCUGGAUUCAUGCUGUCAGAAAACAUCUCACACGGACUGCUGCUCAGAAAGGCUCCAGUCCUGCAGUAUUUGUUUUAUUUGGCUCAGGUUGGCAUCGCCAUGUCUCCUCUGAGUAACAACAGUCUGUUUUUGAGUUAUCAUCGUAAUCCUCUGCCCGAGUAUCUGUCCCGCGGGCUCAUGGUGUCGCUCUCCACUGAUGACCCUCUGCAGUUUCACUUUACUAAGGAGCCUCUGAUGGAGGAAUACAGCAUCGCAGCUCAGGUCUGGAAACUGAGUUCAUGUGACAUGUGUGAGCUCGCCCGAAACAGUGUGUUAAUGAGUGGAUUCUCACACAGGGCUAAGAGUUAUUGGUUAGGUCCUGGUUAUGAUGAAGAAGGACCGUUCAGCAAUGACAUCCGUCGCACAAACGUUCCUGACAUCCGUGUGGCGUACAGACACGAAACUCUGUGUGAAGAGCUUCAUCUUAUCACGCAAGCCGUCCAGACCCAAGAGCUCGACAACAUCGAAGAGGAGACGCCGUCUUUUAAUCUUAGCCAAUCAGCACGUUAGACGAGUCACCCGUCCACGAGUGCUCUAGCGUGACACUAGAGCACUCGUAACCCCGUCCAUACCUUACCUGUCCAAUCAGGACGCUACAAGCGUCCUGAUUGGACAGGUAAGGUAUGGAUGGGGUUACGAGUGCUCUAGUGUCACGCUAGAGCACUCGUAAUCCCGUCCAGGACCACGUCAACAUUCCAACAUUUCAUCUCUGUCUGAUAUAGUGCAUGUUUAGAGAUAUUUAAGCUAUGCAUAGAGAUAUAAAUAUAUAUAUUUAUGUGUUUCACAUUAUACCUCAUUUAUAUGUUAGAGUUUACUCGUGUGCCUUUAAGUAAGUCACAUACAGUAUGUGUUCAUUGAUUUAUUUUGGCAGGACUGUUCAGAUGAGUGUUUGCUCUGUAAUGACUCAGUCUGGUCUACAGGUGGCACUAUAGAGCCCAGACUCCAUUGAGCUUUUAUGAAGAAUAUUUUUAUAAUCGGACUUAGUUUACUGAUCUUACAGCAGGAGUCGUCUGCUGUCGGGGCAGUAGAUGAAGAGUAUUGCGUCUUUAUGUUAAUUUUAUUCAUGCACAAGUUUAUUAUGUUUGAGAUUUGUUUUAAAAGAUUGUUUUUUUUUUAUUCACGUCUGUAGGAUCACACACACACGCAUGUGUUUUAAUGUGUAUCAUUCAAUUGACUGUUAAGAUCUCCAAACUAUUACUGUUUGCUCAAUGAUUCACGAUAAUACUUUAUCGAUGUAAGAUCAUUAUUGAGUAAAAACAGCAUGAUUUAUUCAAGUUAAACGCAGAGCAAAGCAUGACAUACAACAUGAUGAGACAUGUUUAAAACAAUGACAUACAGAGCAAAAGAUCUGAAAAUAAACACAAUUCUCUGUGAAUGAUGUCUUUAAUAAAGUCUGUGUGUGUAGUCAACA